CGUUCAGUGGAGAAACGGAAAAAGAGAAGGACAAAGAUUCAUGAACCUGAGCCGUUUCGUCAUUUCAGCUCGCUGCUUCUUGUCGAGCUCUUGUUUCACACACGCAUCACCGAGUUCCCACUGUCAAUGUCUCCGAGAUGUGUUUUUAACGAUCCCCCUCCGAGUCCCUCGCUCGUGAGGCCGUCGGUGCUACAGCGAGACGUAGAAGGGGAGGAUUGGACGGCUCCACUGGAGAAUAACUGAAAAGAAAACCGAAAGCCGGUUUUACGGCGUUUCCUUUGUCGAAGUGAAACACAGGUUCUUCAGCAACACUCCAGCUUCUUAAACAGGCCGAGAUACAAUCCUAGCCAAGACCUCCAUCUGGUUAUUGGCGUCUGGUGAACAUCACCUCUUUCUUCUUCCUCCCUUCCCCUCCUUCCCAUCCCAUAAUGAGUGGCCAACGCGUGGAUGCCAAAGUGGUGAUGCUUGGAAAGGAGUAUGUCGGAAAAACCAGUCUGGUGGAAAGAUAUGUUCACAAUCGGUUUCUCGUUGGACCCUACCAAAACACUAUUGGAGCAGCUUUUGUUGCUAAACCCAUUCACGUAGGAGAAAAAAUUGUGACCCUUGGAAUCUGGGACACAGCUGGUUCAGAGCGAUAUGAAGCCAUGAGCCGCAUUUACUACAGAGGUGCCAAGGCAGCAAUUGUGUGCUAUGAUCUGACUGACAGCAGCAGCUUUCAGAGGGCUAAGUUCUGGGUGAAGGAACUGCAGAACUGUGAAGAGCACUGCAAAAUCUACCUGUGUGGCACCAAAAGUGACCUGGUGGAGGACGAUCGCAGCAUGAGGAAGGUGGAUUUCCAUGAUGUCCAGGACUAUGCUGAUGAAAUAAAAGCUCAGCUGUUUGAAACUUCAAGCAAAUCAGGCCACAAUGUCGACGAGCUGUUCCAGAAAGUGGCUGAAGAUUACGAUCAGCUUUACUCCUUCCAGCAGAUGACAGAAGAAAAAGGCGUUGACCUGUGUCAGAAGAAGAACUCCACUUUUUAUGCCUGCUGUCAUCACUGAUCCCCCAUUAGAACCCCCAACUGGAAAUAGAGACCCCCAAACUGGGCCGCGUUGACUGGGCGACGUCCUUUUUUUUUUUUUUUUAAAACUACUGAAUGCCCCCCAUCCUAGGACUGAUUUUUUUUUUCUUUCUUUUCAAAAACCGCAAAUAAAAUAAAAAAAAAACAAGAGCCGCCAUUACUGAGCCAGUAGCCUCUCCGAGGCUGCCUUGAACAGGAGGACACGUUUGUGAAGUACGCUGGUCAGCACACGGGUACAGCCUUGGUUAUUUUUUUUAAAUAACGUUUUAUUUUGUUUUGUCUUUUUUUUUUUUUUUUUUUUAGUAGAAGUCAAAUGAUGUUUUAUCGUAUUUAGAAGUCCGAGUCGCACUCUCUGCCCUCUAGUGGAAGACAUCUGAACAGCUCUAGUUACUUAGGUACUUAAUGAACAGCUGAAGGGCGAUGAAGGGGCUCCUCACGAGGCCCACUUGGCAUUUUAUACGUUCGGCUGUUCUUGUUGAGAAGUGAAGCACAAACACGAGUCCACGCUGAAUGCUCUAUUUUGGUUUCUUGGUUUACAUUUCCUAUGGGGGCGAGGCGGCCCACACUCGGUGCCCACCCUCCUCUUUACUCUUUCUUGUAAGCUGGAUUGUCGUGGCGGGCGGGCAGGUGGGUGGCUGGUUAAAGUCGGCCUGAUGUGGACCUCUUUUAAAGUCAACACGGGGACACGACGUCUCACUGACUUUCCGACGACUUUGUUGCGACAGACUGACCUCCAACUCGCUGAGCUGACAUCACAUGUGCUUAUCGUUGGUGACGUUUCAUUGGUGAUCUCCGCACUGUUUAUUAGGGGGCACAACGUGGAACUGCACAAAGAGUGGGUGAAACAAAGGCCCCUCCAUGACGUUUACACUUUUACUACAAGGAGUGGUGUGUGCUGAGCGACUGAUUAUGUGCCUCAUGGAAAUCCACCUGCUUUUUCUAGCUUUGUUUUAUUUAUUUAUUAAUAUUUUGGUAGGGUUUGUUAAAACAAAAGUGCAGUUAACGAAAAGAAAAAAAAAAAUCUGCCAAAUCUAUUUGUAUUGUUUCACUUUGGAAGAAUAAAAUUGCAUUACAACCAAGAA